CCCCUCCUCUUCUCCUUCUCCGUCCCCAUCCAUUUGCUUCGAAAACAAAACCCUAUCUCUCUCUCUCUCUCUCUCUCUCUCUGAAAAUACCUAAAAGUUUUACCAACAUCCCUCUAUCCCAUCGGGGACGACGACGAUGAAGAUGAGAAACAAAGGCAAAGUUCACCCGUCGCCUUCUUCUUUAUCUUCUCCUAAUUUGUCUUCUGCAAAUAGAGAUGCUUUCUCUGUGCUGAAGCUCCUUCCGGCCGCCAUUCUGGCUCUCAUUUCUGUUCUCUCGCUCGAAGAGAAAGAAGUCCUGGCGUAUAUGAUAACCAGGUCGAUUAAAUCCUCCGGCCCGGCUUCCAUCGUCGAGGAGAAGAAGCGGAGCGGCAAGAAAUCGAAUACACAUAAGCCGCCGGUCUUCUAUUGCGAGUGCUUCGACUGCUACACGAGUUACUGGUUCAAAUGGGACUGCUCGCCCAACCGCGAACUCAUCCACCAAGCCAUCGAAGCCUUCGAAGAACACCUGGCCAACGGCGAGCAGGCGAAGAAGAGCGGAAGAGGCAAGAAAAAGGACAAAACAGCUCGCCGUGCAGCUGAAAAGCCAGCCGAGGUACCGGACCCGCCGGCGCCAGAGGUCGAGGACAGCUUUGUUAUGGUCAUGCCGGAAGGCGACGCGCCACCACCGCCGGCGGAAGUAUCGGAAAGCGCUGAGACGACGACGGUGGAUGGAGAAGAGGAGGCGGAGGAGGAGGUGGCGCCGCCGGCGGAAGCGCAGAUCAUGCUGCGGAGCUCUCCGGCGAACGGCCACAAGGGUUUGGCUCGGAAGGUGUUGCCGGACGUGGUGGGGUUAUUGAAUUCGCGUUUGUGGAGCCUUUGGGGUCCGAACGCUUAGUGGUCGGAUGGUUUCGGUUUUCUUUAGUUUUUUGAAUUUUCCGAGAAAAAAAAAAAGGUAACAUUUUGGGUGUUAUGGUUGCAUACGUACAAUCAUUACCGAAUAUAUCUCUAUAUAUAAUCUUUAGCGGUUGGUACAUUUGAGCAUUUCUGCUGCACUAUUUUGUGUUUCGUUUGGCCGAGACCGCGGCCCCGGUGCCGGAAAGUUAGUUACCGGUCGGGAUAUUUGCCCGGAAAGAAUAUUUAUUUAUGGUUAAUAGUUUAGACUAUUGAUUUUGCUUA